GCUGCAGGGCUGCACAGUCCAUCUGUAGGCAUUCAAAAAGAGCCCUUUCUUUCAGUCAUGCCGCUCCCAGCUGAGAAAGGGAGGUGUGCCCUGUAUGGGAACUAUAUUUGCCACACCUUUCAGGGAGGCAGCUGGGCAGACCGGUCCCCUCUUCAUGAUGCUGCCUUCCAGGGACGCCUCCUCUCUCUGAAAACCUUGAUUGCACAGGGUUUCAACGUGAACCUGGUGACCACAGACCGUGUGUCAGCUCUCCAUGAAGCUUGCCUGGGGGGCCACGUCGCCUGCGCCAAGGUGCUGCUGGAAAACGGAGCCCAGGUCAAUGCAGCCACCAUCGACGGCAUCACCCCCCUGUUCAACGCCUGCUGCAGCGGCAGCGCAGCCUGUGUCAGCGUGCUGCUGGAGUUCGGGGCCAAGGCGCAGCUCGGGAGCCACCUGCCCUCACCCAUCCACGAAGCAGUCAAGAGAGGUCACAGGGAGUGCAUGGAGACCCUUCUGGCACAUGAGGUUGACAUUGACCAAGAAGACCCUCAGCAUGGGACCCCUCUCUACAUGGCCUGCACCUACCAGAGAACAGAAUGUGUCAAGAAGCUUUUGGAGCUAGGAGCCAAUGUGAACAUGGGGAAGCGAUUGGACACCCCCCUGCAUGCAGCAGCGAGGAAACCCAGCGUGGAGAUUGUUGUCCUGCUGACAGACUAUGGUGCUAACCCAAAAUGCAGAAAUGCUGACCUCAAAUGUGCCCUGGAUCUUGCUACACCCCACAGCAAAGUGGAGCAGGCGCUUCUGCUUCGGGAAGGUCCUGCCAGCCUUGCCCAGCUGUGCAGGUUGUGUAUCAGAAGGCAGCUGGGUCGGUCAUGCCUGUACACAGCCCACAAGCUGCACCUGCCUGAGCCACUUGAGAACUUCCUCCUGUAUCGAUAACUCUGUGACUGCCUUUAGACUGGAAAAGAAAGAGGAGCAAAUGGUUGUUUACUCCCAGACUAUUUUAUCAAAGAAAAAAAAUCAAUGGCAUCAUUUACCGUCUUCUGUGGCUACCAAACGUUACCUGCUGUGUGACAGUGAAAAUUGAAAACAUCUUUUCACAGGCAGUGAAUGGUAUUAUGGAUACAGUUCCCUUACAAUCUAUUGCCACAUCGACUUGCACCAGCCUGACAAGUUCUAGUACAUAAACAUCUCACUUGACACAUUUAUAGACGCAUAGGCACAAGUCCACUCACCCACACACACACACAGAUGUCCCCUGCAUUUAGGGCUAUAUGUAUUUGUACAGUAUCUGUGCAUCUUCUUCCCUUUGCCCAUCCAAUCUCAAUGUCAAAAUCAAGGCAGUGGAUGUUUUUCGUCCAUUAGUGUGGGAAAAUGAAAGCUUUCAGUGAUGAACAUCAGACAUAUACAAUAUACUGCACAUCUUUUAUCAGAUUUGAUUUUGCACCCUUUCAUCUCCUUCCUAUUGUCUACUGGAGCCCUACCAAUUUCCAGUGGUCUCUGGCUGUCCAGCCACUGUGCUCAUCCCUGUGCACAGCUAUCCCCAAUGCUAACACAUCUCGUCCUUGGAGGUACAAGCAAUGUUAUGAAAGCAGGUGCAGGGAUUUUGAGUAAACCCACAAAAAUGUGUGAAAGCCUUAAAAAACCCUUCCAUCUCUUCUAGAAAAAAAUCCCUCCAAAGUUAUAUCACCUGAGAUCUGGCUGUAUUCAUUACAUGAGCAUUUUUUCAUAGCUUAAUUCCAUGACAGAACUGCAAAUGUUUUUAUAGGCAUAGUAGGUAAUAUUUUAAUGUCCAUCCUUUGCAAGGUUUAAAAAAGCAAAGGAAGGAGUUCUUUUUUUUUGGCUUUGCAUGGCUGACAUUUCUCAAAGUAAGUCCUUGGACUCUGGAGCUGGACAAAAGCAGGACAACUAAAGAUAACUGUGCAUCAUCCAAACGUUGUCCAUUUGGGAUUGGAGUGUUAAUGGAUAAGUGUUGGAUUUUCCUCACUAGGCAUGGUUUGCAGGCUUGUCUGCUCCCUCAUCCCCUAUUCUUGAGGCUUUAAUUACUCCCUAGAGGAAAGGAUUUUUAGAAUGCUAUAAUUGUAAUGCAUUGUGAUACUAGUUUAAAAAUGUGAGGAUUAGUAGUACCUCUGAGUUGAGAAAUGCGGUAUACAGUGACAUUUACAGUGCCUGUUUGGCUUUGUAAAGGUUUGUUUAAUUUUCCUGGGGAGGUUCUUCUGGGGGGUGAAACAUUUCUUCAGAGCAAAGUUUUGGUAAACUUCUACCGUGAGACAGGCAAUGGUGUUUCACUAGUUGUAGUAAAAUGGGAAGCAGAAUUAAAUUAGUCUGUCUCCAUUUUGCUCAGCUUCAUAGGUCCCAGAGGCUGCUGACACAUUUUCAGGCUGUCAAAUGUAGUGGUUUCUUUAUGAGUUAGGCAUCCUGGUACCAACUUUCACUGCCCACACAUCUUAAGUCAGAGGGAAUUGGCUUCCUGGAGCCUGAUACAGGACUGGCUUCCAGCAUCAUUCAAGCUCCUGUCCCUGCCCCAGCAGCAGCAGUCUCUCGUUCAAUGUUAAUCCCUUAAUGUCACCGUGACAGUUUGUCCGAGACAAAGGUCUAAUGUUUCCCAUACUUCUUGAUGAUUAAUUCAGCACAAGCAAGAUAAAUUGAGCUCUCAGCAGCUCAU